CGAACUUCAAAUUCCUAAGUUACUAAAAUCUAAAAUCUAGACUCCGUCACUUCGCCGACGCCGAAUCCACGAAUCCGAAUAUCCGACGACGAAGCCAAGGCCGGCGACGAGCAGCAGCAGCGGACGACGACCCCAAGGCUCCCGGCCCUCCCUGCGAAUCUGGGACCAGCAGCAGCCGACGACGAAGCCAAGGCCCCCCGCCCUACCCCGCGAAUCUGCAAGCAGCAGCCUACGACGCCGCCUCCCGCCCUCACCCGCGAAUCUGCGAGUAGUAGUCGACGACGAAGAUUCCGCAUCCCGCCCUCCCCUGCGAAUCUGCGAAUCUGAAACAUGUCUUCUAAGAAUGAAGAUGGUGCUCAAGAUGCGGCAGAAAGAAUUAAAGCAGCAGCGCUAUCAGCUGCGAAGGGUCUUAGUCGUGCUCAAGCUGAACGUGCGGCUGCUGCUGCAGCUCGGAAUGUGAAUGCAUAUGGGCAGAAGGAGGAAGGGCCGAGCCGAUGGCAAGAAAGAAAAGAAGCAAAGAGGCAGAUGUACUUGAUGAGUACCGAGAAGCAGGUGAGGUUGGGUGAGCGGAAAGACCUUAAGACUUCAAUGACCUCGAUUGGUUCAGCUUCUCAAUGUCAAAAGUGUUUCCAGACUGGUCACUGGACAUACGAGUGCAAGAAUGAGAGGGUUUACAUCUCACGACCAUCUCGUACCCAGCAACUGAAAAACCCAAAACUGAGAAUGAAGGUAUCAAUUUCUUAUGAUUUAGAGAGCCCAGACAUUGAGAAGGAUGGGAAGAAUGAAGAAAAAGUGAAGAAGAGUAAGAGAAAGCACAAAUCAGAUACCGAGUCUGGUAGUGACAGUGAGGCUUCUGUUUUCGAAUCUGAUAGUGGUGCAGGGACCGAUUCUUCUUCUGGGGGGAGUGAGACAAGUUAUUCUUCAACUGACUCAGAGGAAGAGAGGAGGAGGCGGAGGAGGAAGAAGAAGAAGAAGUUGCAGCAGAGGAAAAGAAGACACCGGAGGUAUAGCUCAACAUCUGAGUCCUCUGAUUCAUCCUCAGAUUCAGAAUCAGAUUCCGAGGGUCGCUCUAGCAGAAAGAAGAGCAGCAGGAGGCAGAGUAGGAAGCGCUGAGGCAGUGAAGCAGAGAGACGGUUCAGCAUAUGUCGGAUAAUGACUUGAAAUAAAUGUGACAGCAAACGACUUUCCCAGGUCUACCCUACAUUUUAACCUUAGGCAGUAUGCUUGUUUGCAAGAAUUCCAGGAUUUCAAAGACGAUUGUUUCUAUUUUAUCCCGCAUUUAGUUUGGAUAGAUCAAUUAUAUUUUAGUUGUGUUUGGUUACUCCGUAAGAAUUUGCAAAGUCCUCACUGUUUGAUCAAUCUACACCAAGGGUCGACCCCAAAGUCACCUUCCUAGAUGAUCUGAUCUUCCAAUGCCUUUCAGAGAAAUGAUGGUUGAGUUUGGGUUUGGAUUGAAGAAUCUGGAUGAUUCUUUUUGCUUAGAAUGCUUAUUAUAGCUUGAAAGCUUUUUCUCUCUUGUAAUCUCAAGAAUUCAUUAAGUCAGCAUCUUGUUCAAAGCGAGGUUCUCCUUUUAUAGACGGAGAGAGUUGAGGGCUAGUUUUGAAAUUCAAAAUUUCAUGUUUUCGCUCAACAAGUGGUAGUCAUCCAAAAGCUGCACAAUCCCUAAAUUUGUGUUGCCAAAUUCUUGAUUUGUGGUGCCAUGAUCCAUAGGGUGAAAACUGUUUCCCUAUUUGUGUAAUAAGCACACUUUAGUGCAAAAAGUUUAUUGUUGUUUA